ACUUCCAAGGAAGGCUGAGUAAAGGAGAGCACAGUUUUCCUUUUCUGAGUUUUUCCUUUGCCUCUGAGAAAGUUUGAGAAGAAAGAAGAAACACUUUUGAUUAGGAGAGAAGUUAGCUAAACAACAGCGGACGAACACAGAGUAGCAGGUUGUAUUUAUUUUUAGCGUCUUUUUUGAUUGAAUUGGUAGCACGUGGCAGCAGGCUCUGCCACAGGACUGAGGUCAUUCAGUGAUUUAUUCUUACUUGGCAAAGCUGUUCCUGUUUGUUCAGACGCUGCACGACUAAGGAAGCACAAUGGUUGCUGGAAUGGUAAUGCCCCUGGACAACCUGAGGGCCAUCUAUGAGCAUCUGUUCCGGGAUGGCGUCAUGGUGGCCAAGAAAGACAAGCGGCCUCAGACCAAGCACCCUGAGAUUCCUGGUGUGGAUAACCUGCAGGUGAUAAGAGCCAUGGGCUCGCUGAAGUCCAGGGGGUAUGUGAGAGAGACCUUUACGUGGAGGCAUUAUUACUGGUACCUCACUAACGAAGGGAUUGUCUACUUGCGCGAUUAUCUGCAUUUGCCUCCUGAGAUUGUUCCUACGCCGCUGCAGAGAGUAAAACGACCAGCUGCCACUUUGGCCAUCGCCCGCAGGGCAGAACAUGUUCAAGCGGUUCAGGGUCCAACUUCUUAUGUUCCCAAACCCGGCAGGAUGGGUGCAGAAAAGCAAGAGGCUUUGCUGGAUCGUCAGGAGUAUCGUCGCAAAAUGGCGAGCAGGGAUGAGGCCGAAAUGAAUGAAACCAGUGAGAGAACUCCAAGAUUUAGAGGUCGUCCAAUGGCUGGCGCUCAGACCAGACCCAGGGAAUCCAGAGAGCAGGCCAUGCUUUUUGAAACCCGCGAUUACGCCAAAGAGAUGGAACCAAGUGUUAGGAGGAAAGUCGCUAUCCAUUCUGCCUCCCAUACGCCUCCUAUCGAAAAGUACCAUGCCAAGCCAGUUGAACAAGAAAAGAUGGUUGAAUUCAAGGAAUGCACUAAGACAGCAUUCAUUCAGAAAACACAAAAGGUUCAUGUGAGCCGAGAUGUGCCAGCUAUUUCUUCAAACGUAGGCGCAACAGCAGCGGAAUCCUCUUUGUUUUCUGUCUGUGCUGAAGCAGUCAAAGAGAAGCCCAAAGAAGAAGUGUCUAUCAAGGUCUCACGUGAAACAUCAUCCACAGCAGCUGGAGAGAGCAAAUGGGUUAAGGAUGCUCGUCAUCCUCCUCCAUUAAAACUGAAAGAGGAAAAAACCCUUGUGACGAAAAGUGUGCAGGAUGUGCCUACUGUUUCAUCUGCAGUAGAAACCUCUGUAUUUUCAGUCCAUACUGAAGCAAAACCCAAGGAAGAGGUGUUUGUCAAGGUGUUCCAGCAAACCACAUCCACUGAAACACCUAAAGAUGCUCCUCAACCCACUGCCUCAAAACUGAAGGUGGAGAAAACACAGAAAACUACUGUGGCCAAAAAUGUGCAGGAGGCUUUGUCAACAGUUAAGGCAACAUCAGGUGAAUCCUCUGUGUCAGAUGAAGCAGCAAAGGAAAAGCCCAAGGAAGAGGUGGUUAUUAAGAAAAUCACAUCUACAGUUGCAGAUAAUAGCAAAAUGGCUAAAGAUGCCUCUCGACCUACUCCCUCAGAGCUGAAGGUGGAGGUAACACAGCAAACUUUGGUGACAAAAAAUUUGCCAGCUGUUUCAUCAAAAGUAGAGACAACUGCGCUGAAAUCGUCCAUCUCUACUGAAGCAAUCAAAGAAAAGCCCAAAAAAGAAGUGUCUAUGAAGGUCUCACGUGAAACCGCAUCCACAGCAGCUGGAGAUGGUAAAACGGCUAAGGAUUCUCAUCAUCCUACUCUUUCAAAGACUAAGGUGGAGAAAACACAGAAAACCCCUGUGAUGAAAAAUGCGCAGGAUGUACCUGCUGUUUUAUCAGCAGUGGAAACCUCUGUAAUAUCUGUCUGUACUGAAGCAGCCAAAGAAGAAGUGUGUAUCAAAGUCUCUCAAAUCACUUCCAAAAAAGAUAAGGAUAGCAAAUCAGAUAAGGAUGUUCCACUGAAGCCAAAAGUGGAGAAAAAAGACCAAAAGACCAAAAAUGGGCAGGAUAUACCAACUGUGGAGGCAACAGCUGUGCAGUCCAUUAUAUUUCCUGUCGCUGCUAAAUCAGCUGAAGAAAAAAGCAAAGAAAAUGUGGAAAUCACACCCCAAGGUGAUAUCAAAAUAGAUAAGGAUGCUACUUGUCCUACUCUGUCAAAAUCAAAGGUGGAGAUAACACAGCAAGCCACUGCAAGCAGAAAUGUGCAGGAUGUUGUAACUGUUUUAUCAGCAUCAGAGAUCAGCAGUAAAAGUGCAGUGAAAUCAUCUGUCUCUGCUAAAGCAGUCGAAGAAAAGCCUAAAGAAGAAAUGUGUGUCAGUGUCUCCCUGGAAGCCACACCCAAAGGUGAUGACAAAAUAGAUAAGGAUGCUUCUUGUCAUACUGCAUCAAAAACAAAAGUGGAUAAAAAGCAGAAAACCACAAAGACCAAAAAUGGACAGGAAAUACCAAAUGUUUUGUCAACGGUGGAGGCAACAAAAGUGCAAUCCACUGUUUUUUCUGUCUCUGCUGAAGCAGUCAAAGAAAAGUCAAAGGAAGGUGUCUGUAUGAAAGUCUCGAAGGAAGCUGUUUUCACAGUAACUGAUGAUGGCAAAAUGGCUAAGGAUGCUCCUUAUACUACUCCACCAAAAUCAAAGGUGGAGAAAACACAGAAAACUAAAAAUAUGCAGGAUCUGUCUGAAGCAGUCAAAGAAAAGCCCAAAGAAGAAGUGUGUGUCAGUGUCUCUCUGGAAACCACAUCCAAAGAUGAUGGCAAAGAGGAUAAGGAUGCUUCUCAUCAUACUGCAUCAAAAACAAAAGUGGAGAAAAAGCAGAAAACCACAAAAAACAAAAAUGUGAAGGAUAUAUCAACUCUUUUGUCAACAGUGGAGGUAACAACAGUACAAUCCUCUGUAGUUUCUGCCUCUACUGAAGUCAAAGAAGAUGUUUGUAUAAAUGUCUCUGUAGAUACCACAUCCACAAGUGAUAGCAAAUUACAUAAUGAUGCUCCUCCUUCUUCUUCAUCAAAACCAAAAGUGGAGAAAGCACAGAAAAAUGUGCAAGAACAACCAAUCAAGAUGGACAAUACAAAUCAGACCUCUACUGUACUGCAUGAAGUGCCUGUUGUUAAUGCCAAUAAAAUUAAUUUAACUACCUCCGUUAGCACCCAGGUUUCUGUCAAAUCUGUAGAAUCAGCAGUGCCACCUCUGCCCAAGAAAGACGAUUUGUACAAACACAUUGCUGAAAAGAAAUCCGAGAUUAAUCUGCCACUGCAAGUCUCUGUGGAGAAGACAGCAUCUAGCACUGUUCAAAUGAUUGACAAACAACAGAAAACCAAGAAUGUCCAAGAAACACCUAAACAUGACAACACCCGUCCUUUGAAAGUUCACGAAAAGGUGGAGAUUCCUUGUGCUGUUUCUACAGCUGAGGUCAAAGCAGAGGUUAAAGGUCACAAGUCCGAUCUAGUAAAGACUACCACAGCUGACCCCAGCAAAACCUCAGAAGUCCUCAAGCAAACGCCUAAGAAAUUGGAAUCUGAUACAGAUUCUGUGCAAUUGAAGCCAUCACCAGCAAAGCUAACUGAGGAACUUACAGCUGCAAAAGACGAAGAUACAGAGGAUGUCUCAAAGCCUUCGAAAGGAAAGAAGAAAAAGAAAUCUGCAAACAAAGCUUUAGUUGCAAAACAAGUCCCACCGCCUAUAGCUGAGACAAAGGUGAAAGAGCUAAACACGGAGAAUGCCGAUCAGGUUGAUCUUCUUAAGGUCGAGAGCCCGACAAAUGAUUCUGCAAAGACAUCCCCUAAGGGAAAGCACUCUGUGGAGAGCGUGCAGUCAGCAGCUGUACAGAAUGAGGCCCCGGCUCACAAAGGGGAGGUGGAGCCUGUGCAGCCCUUGCCUGAAAAACGGGAGGUUCUGAAAGGAAAAACAUCCUCCUCGCAGAGACAGUGGGAAGCACCGGCAGCCUCAGCCUCGGCCCAGCUCACCCCCCUCCCCGAGCAGGGGGAACCUCCCAGCCUUGCACAACACACGCCUGCUCCUGACACACAGCAGAGCUCAGAGAAGCAGAGCAGGCUCUCGGAUAGCAAGGCCCCUGCGCAGCCUGUCAUCCCUGGCGACAAGAAUAACUGCGACGCGCAAGAGCAGUCCCUAGACGACGCCAUGCGGAAGAAGAUCGUUGUGGUGGAGGAAGUGAUUGAAGUGCAACAGAUUGCCAGUCCUGUUGCAGACCAACCUGUUACACCCCCAGUAACAGAGAUCGCAGGAGAUGAUCUGGACUACGAUGUCUUGGAGGAACUGGCCAUAGAGCGUGGCCUCCUGCAGAGUCCUGUUGAAGAGACUUGCUGGGAUCAUUCACUCCAAGAGCCUGAGGAGAAAACCUUCCCCAACUUCAUAGAAGAUGAACGGGACAGAGUGCAGAAGAAGACUUUCACAAAAUGGGUGAACAAACACUUAAUAAAGCACCAGAGAGCUGAGACUCAGCGCCAUGUGAAUGACCUGUAUGAAGACCUCCGAGAUGGGCAUAACCUGAUCUCUCUUCUGGAGGUCCUCUCUGGAGAGACACUGCCUCGUGAGAGAGGACGCAUGCGAUUCCACAAACUGCAGAAUGUGCAGAUAGCGCUGGAUUUCCUCAGACACCGGCAGGUCAAGCUGGUGAAUAUCAGGAACGAUGACAUUGCAGACGGAAACCCAAAGCUGACGCUGGGUCUAAUAUGGACCAUUAUCCUGCACUUCCAGAUUUCAGAUAUACAGGUGAACGGUCAGUCAGAUGAUAUGUCAGCGAAGGAGAAGCUGCUCCUCUGGUCUCAGCGUAUGGUGGAGGGUUAUCCUGGGAUCCGCUGCGAUAACUUCACCACUAGCUGGAGGGACGGAAAGCUCUUCAACGCUGUUAUACACAAACACGAGCCCAGGCUUAUUGACAUGGGGAAAGUGUACCGCCAAUCCAACCUGGAGAACCUGGAACAGGCCUUUUCAGUGGCAGAGCGAGACCUUGGUGUCACACGACUGCUUGACCCAGAGGAUGUAGAUGUGUCUCAUCCUGAUGAGAAGUCCAUCAUCACCUAUGUGUCCUCCCUUUACGAUGCUAUGCCCCGCAUCCCAGAUGUCCAGGAUGGCGUCAAAGCCAAUGAGCUGGAGCUGCGCUGGCAGGAGUAUUACGAGCUGGUCAGCGUUCUUCUCCAGUGGAUCAGACAUCACGUUCUCAUCUUCGAGGAGAGGAAGUUUCCCAGCAGCUAUGAGGAGGUCGAGAUUCUGUGGCGUCAAUUUCUGAAAUUCAAAGAAACCGAGCUUCCCACAAAAGAACUGGACAAGAGCCGCUCCAAACACCUCUACCAGACCUUCGAGAGCGCGGUCCACGCUGGUCAGGUCAAGGUUCCUCCUGGUUAUCAUCCCAUUGACGUUGAGAAGGAAUGGGGCCGUCUACAUGUGGCUAUCCUGGAGAGGGAGAGACUUCUCCGGAUAGAGUUUGAGAGGUUGGAGCGUCUCCAGCAGAUCGUCAGUAAAGUGCAGAUGGAGUCAGGCAUGUGCGAGGAACAGCUCAACCAGACCGAGUCCCUCCUGCAGACGGAUCUCCGUCUCCUGAGUGCCGGGAAACCAGCGCAGCACACGGUCGAGGUGGAGAGGGAUCUGGACAAAGCCGACGGCAUGAUCCGGCUCCUCUUCAACGACGUUCAGCUGCUCAAAGACGGGCGCCACCUGCAGGCCGAGCAGAUGUAUCGCAGGGUCUACCGCUUACACGAGCGCUUGGUGAACUUGCGCAGCGACUAUAAUCUGAGGCUUAAGCCCAGCGUCAGCACGGCCUCUCACGUCUCCAUCACACACAUUUCCCAGAAGCCCGUGCAGCGUGCGCGGCCCGAGCUGGAUGAGGUCACGCUGCGUUACGCGCAGGACCUGCUGGCGUGGGUGGAGGAGAACCAGCGCAGGAUCGACUCGGCCGAGUGGGGCAUCGAUCUGCCCUCGGUGGAGUCUCAGCUGGGCAGCCACAGAGGACUUCACCAAACCAUCGAGGACUUCAAGGCUAAGAUCGACGAGCGCAUUUAACAGACGCAGAGCCAGCUCUCUCCUGCUAGUAAAGGCACAUACAGAGAAUAUCUGGGCAAACUGGAUCUGCAGUACACCAAACUACUGAACUCCUCCAAGUCCCGUCUGAGAAACCUUGACCAGCUGUACAACUUCGUCAGCGCCGCCACCAAAGAACUGAUGUGGCUCAAUGACAAAGAGGAGGAGGAGACCAACUACGACUGGAGCGAGCGCAACACCAACAUGGCUGCGAAGAAAGAGAACUACUCAGGACUCAUGCGAGAACUGGAACUUAGAGAGAAGAAGAUCAACGACAUCCAGGCAACUGGAGACCGACUCAUUAAAGACGGACAUCCGGGCAAGAAGACUGUUGAGGCGUUCACCGCAGCUCUGCAGACGCAGUGGAGCUGGAUCCUGCAGGUGUGCUGUUGCAUCGAAACUCAUCUGAAAGAAAACACUGCAUACUUCCAGUUCUUUGCUGAUGUGAGAGAUGCUGAGGAGAGGAUGAAGAAGAUGCAGGAGACCAUGAAGAAGAAGUACAUGUGUGACCGGAGCACCACUGCCACUCGCCUGGAGGACCUGCUGCAGGACGCUGUCGAGGAAAGAGAGCAGCUGAACGAGUUCAAGUCGGACAUCUCCGGCCUGAACAAGAGAGCCAAGUCCAUCGUCCAGCUGAAGCCACGCAACCUACAACCCCUUCAGAGGAAGCUGCCCAUCCAGGCCGUGUGUGACUUCAAACAGAUGGAGAUCACCAUGCACAAGGGCGACGAGUGCGCGCUCAUCAACAACUCACAGCCCUUCAAGUGGAAGGUCCUGAACCGCUCGGGAAACGAGGCCGUGGUGCCGUCCAUCUGCUUCCUCGUGCCGCCCCUCAACAAGGAGGCUGUCGAGAACGUGUCCAGUCUGGAGGCCGGUCACCAGCAGACUCUGUCUCUGUGGCAGAAGCUUCACGUGGACCUCAGGAGUCUGCUCUCCUGGCAAUACCUGAUGAAAGACAUCCACCUCAUCCGCUCGUGGAACAUCACCAUGUUCAAGACGAUGAAGCCAGACGAGUACCAGCUGAUGCUGAGGAACCUCCAGCUGCAUUACCAGGACUUCCUGAAAGACAGCCAGGACUCCGAGCUCUUCGAUGCCAACGACAGCAUGCAGAUCGAGAGGGACUACAAGGAGACCGUGCAGCAUUACGACAGCCUGCUCCGCACCCUGGAGAAAGGAGCAGCUGUCAGAGCGCAGGGGGAGCAGGAUGAAUCCAUAUGCAAGUCAUACAUCACCCAAAUCAACCUGCGGCUGCAGAUCGAAGACUGCGAGUCUCGUGACAGUGGCCCGUAUCCGCAGCCAGUGGAUAAAGAUGCUCUCAGAGACUGCCUGCAGAAGACCGCUGAUCAGAGAAAAGUGCAGAUAGAGCUGGACGGAAUUAAGAAGAACCUGGACCGAGUGUCUCAGAAAGCUGAGGAGGUGCUGUCCUCUCCAGAGCAGUCCAGCUCUCCAGUCCUGCGCUCGGAGCUGGACAUCGCCCUGCAGAAGAUGGACCAAACCUACAACCUGUCCUCCAUCUACCUGGAGAAACUGAAGACAAUAGAGGUUGUGAUCCGAACACGCAGGGGACAGAAGAUGUGGUGAAGAAAUAUGAGAACCGCUCUGCGUGAGGUUCACACGGUCCCACAAACGUAGGAGGUGGAGAACUACUGCUCCGAGCUCAAGCGUGCAUGCGCAGAAACCCAGCGGCCCGUGUUUGAUGACAUGGAGAGCGAGCUGUCCAAGGCCACGGCGGUCAGCCAGCGCAUGGCUCAGGUUCACAGCGAGCGGGACGCAGAGCUAGAUCACUACCGGCAGCUCCUGGGCAGCCUGCAGGACCUGGCGCGCCGUCUCGCUCAGAUCGACCUCCGGCAGCGUGAGCUGGAGCAGCUGGGCCGGCAGCUGGGCUACUACAGAGACUACGACUGGCUCAUCCGCUGGAUCGCAGACGCCAAGCAGCGGCAGGAGAAGAUCCAGGCCGUGCCCAUCAUCGACAGCAAGACGCUCAAAGAGCAGGUUUUUUUUUCAAAGAAACUGCUUGAAGAGAUUGAGAAAAACAAAGAGAAAGUUGAUGAAUGCCAGAAGUACGCCAAAGCUUACAUCGAUACCAUUAAGGACUAUGAACUUCAGUUGGUUGCCUACAAAGCUCAGGUCGAACCUCUGACUUCUCCUUUGAAGAAAACCAAGAUGGAGUCUGCCUCUGAUAACAUCAUUCAAGAGUAUGUCACUCUGAGAACCCGCUAUAGUGAACUGAUGACGCUGACCAGUCAGUACAUCAAGUUCAUCACAGACAUAUGCUGUGGCGCGCGAGGGGACGAGGAGAAAGCUGCUGAGAAACUUAAAGCAGAAGAGAGGAAAAAAAUGGCUGAGAUGCAGGCAGAGUUAGAGAAACAGAAGCAGCUAGCUGAAGCUCAUGCCAAGGCCAUUGCCAAAGCUGAAAAAGAGGCACAAGAGCUCAAGCUCAUGAUGCAAGAGGAGGUUAGCAAACGAGAGAUUGUUGCUGUGGAUGCUGAAAGACAAAAACAGUACAUCCAGUUAGAGCUGCAUGAGCUCAACCUCUCAGAACAACAGAUCAAAUCAAAGAGUCAACAAGUGGAGGAUGCUCUGCUAAGCCGGUCCAAAAUAGAGGAAGAGAUCCGCAUCAUAAGACUUCAGCUGGAAACUACAGUGAAGCAAAAGUCAACUGCAGAGGAUGAGCUCAGACAGCUUAGAGACAAGGCUGCAGAGGCGGAGAGACUUCGCAAAGCUGCUCAGGAAGAGGCUGAGAAACUUCGCAAGCAGGAACGAGAGACCCAGAAGAAGCGGGUGGCAGAGGAAGAGUUGAAGCUGAAGUUUGAAGCAGAGAAAGAGGCUGCCAGACAGAAGCAGAAAGCCCUGGAUGACCUUGGGAAACUCAAGAUGCAGGCCGAGGAGGCAGAAAGACACAUGAAGCAGGCUGAGAUCGAAAAAGACAGACAAAUCAAGCUCGCUCAAGACGCAGCUCAGAAAAGUGCCGCUGCUGAGCUGCAAAGUAAGCGUAUGUCCUUUGUUGAGAAGACCUCUAAACUUGAGGAAUCGCUCAGAGAAAAGCAUGGAACUGUCAUGCAACUGCAGGAGGAGGCAGAACGCCUCAAGAAGCAACAGGAAGAGGCAGACAAAGCAAGAGAGGAGGCUGAGAAGGAGCUUGAAAAGUGGAGGCAAAAAGCCAAUGAGGCCCUUCGUCUAAGGCUCCAGGCAGAGGAAGAAGCCCACAAAAAGAGUCUUGCACAGGAAGAUGCUGAAAAACAAAAAGACGAAGCUGAGCGUGAGGCCAAAAAACGAGCCAAAGCUGAAGAGUCUGCCCUCAAACAGAAAGACAUGGCUGAGCAAGAGCUGGAGAGGCAGAGGAAGCUUGCAGAAAGCACAGCGCAACAGAAGCUUUCUGCAGAGCAAGAGCUGAUCCGCUUGAGAGCUGAUUUUGAUCAUGCCGAGCAACAGAGAUCACUGCUCGACGAUGAACUGUACCGUCUUAAGAAUGAGGUUAGUGCUGCAGAGCAGCAGAGAAAGCAGCUUGAAGAUGAGCUUUCUAAAGUUAGAAGUGAAAUGGACAUACUUUUGCAGCUGAAGUCUAAAGCUGAAAAGGACAGCAUGUCCACCACCGAAAAGAGUAAACAACUCCUGGAAGCAGAAGCUGCUAAACUGAAUCUUGCAGAUGAAGCAGCCAAACUCCGUGCCAUUGCUGAAGAGGAAAGGCAGAGGCAGGUAGCUGAGGAAGAAGCAGCGAGACAGAGCGAAGCUGAGAGAAUACUCAAAGAGAAACUUGCUGCCAUUAAUGAGGCCACUCGCUUGAAAACAGAAGCAGAGAUAGCUCUAAAAGAAAAAGAGGCCGAAAAUGAACGCCUGAGAAGGAAAGCUGAGGAUGAGGCUUACCAGAGAAAAGCUCUUGAAGAUCAGGCAAGCCAGCACAAGCAAGACAUUGAUCAGAAGAUUGAACAGCUCAAGAAGUCCUCUGAAAUGGAACUAGACAGACAGAAAUCAAUUGUGGAUGAAACUCUUAAACAGAAACGAAUAGUUGAGGAGGAGAUUCAGAUCUUGAAAGUGAACUUUGAGAAGGCUUCAUCCGGCAAGCUUGAUUUGGAGCUUGAACUGAAUAAGCUGAAAGAAAUUGCAGAGGAAACACAACAAAGCAAACUGCGAGCUGAGGAGGAAGCUGAGAAACUGCGCAAGCUUGCCCUUGAGGAAGAAAAACAGAAGAAGGAGGCUGAAGAAAAUGAAAAGAUUACUGCUGCAGAGCAGGAGGCAGCUCUGCAGCGCCAGGCUGCUCAAGAUGAAGUUGAGCGUCUCAAAAGAAAGCAGAUGAGGCCAGAAAGCAAAAGAGAUGCUGACAAAGAAGCUGAAAGGCAAAUACAUGCUGCCCAAGAAGCUGCUGAGAAAGCAAUUACAGCUGAACAGCAAGUUCAAAGUGUUCUUGUUCAGCAGAAAGAGGACAGCUUGGUACAGAAAAGGCUCAAGGAAGAGUUUGAAAAGCCAAAAGCUUGCAAGUAAGAAGCAGGAAAGGCCAAAGAUAAGGCAGAAAAAGAGGCUGCCCUGCUCCGCCAACAAGCAGAAGAUGCAGAGCGUCAGCGUCAGGCCGCUGAGGUUGAGGCAGCCAAUCAGGCCAAAGCCCAAGAGGCUGCUGAGAGGCUCAGAAAAGAGGCAGAGCUAGAGGCAAAAAAGCGUGCCCAGGCAGAGGCAGCAGCGCUGAAACAGAAACAGCUGGCUGAUGAGGAGAUGGCUAGGCACAAGACACUUGCAGAGCAAACACUUAAGCAGAAAUCUCAGGUUGAGCAAGAGCUUGCUAAAGUGAAACUGCGGUUGGAUGACACUGACAAACAGAAGACUCUCCUGGAUGAUGAGCUUCAUCGCCUGAAGGAUGAGGUUGGUGACGCCGUUAAACAGAAAGCCCAGGUAGAGGAGGAACUGUUCAAAGUCAAGAUUCAAAUGGAGGAGCUCAUUAAACUCAAGCUUAGAAUUGAAGAGGAGAACCAACGCCUCAUCCAGAAGGACAAAGAUAAUACUCAAAAGUUCUUGGCUGAGGAGGCUGAGAACAUGAAAAAGCUUGCAGAAGAUGCAGCUAGGCUUAGUAUAGAGGCCCAGGAGACUGCUCGCAUGAGACACAUUGCAGAGACUGACCUUGCUGAACAAAGAGCACUUGCUGAAAAGAUGCUUAAAGAAAAGAUGCAAGCCAUUCAGGAAGCCUCUAGACUUAAAGCAGAGGCAGAAAUGCUACAGAGGCAGAAAGACCUUGCCCAAGAGCAAGCUCAAAAGCUACUUGAAGACAACCAACUGAUGCAGCAACGACUGGAGGAGGAAACCGAGGGCUUCCAAAAAUCAUUGGAGGCUGAGCGCAGAAGACAGUUGGAGAUAACAGCAGAGGCAGAGAAACUUAGACUUCAGGUGUCCCGGCUCAGUGAUGCCCAGUCAAGAGCUGAGGAGGAAGCCAAGAAAUUCAGGAAGCAGGCAGAUGAGAUAAGUGCCCGACUUCAUGACACAGAGCUUGCUACCAAAGAGAAAAUGACAAUUGUUGAAACACUGGAAAUACAGAGAUUAAGCAGUAACAAAGAAGCCGAUGACUUGCGCAAAUCCAUUACUGAUCUUGAGAAAGAGAAGGCAAAAUUGAAAAAAGAGGCUGAAGAGUUACAGAAAAAGUCCAAAGAGAUGGCGAAUGCUCAGCAAGAACAAAUUAAACAGGAGAAAACAAUUCUCCAACAGACAUUUUUGUCAGAAAAGGAGAUGCUGUUGAAGAAGGAAAAACAAAUUGAGGAUGAAAAGAAGAAGUUAGAGAGCCAAUUUGAAGAAGAGGAAAAGUCAAAAGCCCUUAAGGAUGAGCAGGAACGACAAAGAAAACAAAUGGAGGAUGAAAAGAUGAAACUGAAGGCAACUAUGAAUGCUGCUCUGAUCAAACAGAAAGAGGCCGAACAAGAGAUGCUCAUUAAGCAGAAAGAGAUGCAAGAAAUUGAGAGGAAAAGGCUUGAACAAGAGAGGGUUCUUGCUGAAGAAAACCAGAAACUACGUGAGAAACUUCAGCAGAUGGAGGUUGCUCAAAAAUCCCCAGGAGAUUCACAUCCAGACAGAAUGCAAAAAGUCCUUAAUGGUCAAAGUAUUACUGAUGAGGUUGACAGCACACAUGGUUUCUCUCCAUUAUCCUUCGAUGGCAUUCGUGAGAAGGUCCCUGCAAGUACUUUUGAAGUAGGACUUUUAAGCAAAUCGGAUUAUGAUAAGCUUCAGAACGGUGAAACCACAGUCGAAGAACUUAGCAAGACAGACAAACUUAAAACAGUUCUUCAGGGCAAAAACUGCAUUGGUGGCCUGCUUGUGCAUCCAAAUCAAAAAAUGCCCAUCUAUCAAGCUGUCAAGGAGAAGAAGAUUGCUCCUGGGACAGGGCUAGUGCUGCUGGAGGCACAGGCUGCUUCUGGAUACAUAAUAGACCCAGUUCAAAGCAAGAAACUCUCUGUCAAUGAAGCAGUUAAAGAAGGUUUAAUUGGACCUGAACUUCACAACAAGAUGUUGUCUGCAGAGAGAGCUGUCACUGGCUACAAGGAUCCAUACACAGAGGCAAAGAUCUCCCUCUUUGAAGCUAUGAAGAAGGGUCUCAGGGAGGAUCAUGCCAUCAGGUUGCUUGAGGCUCAGAUAGCAACAGGUGGCAUUAUUGAUCCAGUCAAUAGUCACCGUGUGCCAAAUGAAAUAGCUUAUAAGCAGGGUCAGUUUGAUGCAGCCACCAAUAAAGUCCUACAAAAUCCAACCGAUGAUGUCAAAGGAUUUUAUGAUCCAAACACCCAAGAAAAUCUGAUGUACCAACAACUACUAGAAAGGUGUGUCAGUGAUCCAGGGACAGGAAUUCUUCUUUUGCCAAUUUCUGAGGAGGCUGCUCAAAAUGCCAGGAUAUUCACAGACGAGGAAACAAGAGAUGUUUUGACAACAACUGUGUCUGUGCCAUUUGGCCGUUUAAAAGGAAAGACUGUGACCAUAUGGGAGAUUAUAAACUCAGAGUACUUCACUGAAGACCAGAAAAGUCUUAUCCGCCAGUACAAAACGGGAAAAAUUACAGUUGAAAAGAUCAUCAAAAUUGUCCUAACGGUGGCAGAGGAAAAAGAGAAAAAGAAUGAGCUUGCAUUUGAUGGUCUGAGAGCACCUGUACCUGCUUCAAAACUUCUUGAAACAAAAGUUAUUGACAAAGACCUCUAUAACAAAUUGCAGAAAGGACAACUUCUGGUAAAAGACGUGUCUGAGAUGGAGCAUGUGCGCAAUGCCUUAAAGGGCACUAACUGCAUUGCUGGAGUAAUUAUUGACUCAACCAAACAAACAAUGUCAUUUUAUGAUGCCAUGAAAAGAGACAUGAUGAGACCUGGGCCUGCUCUAAAUCUCUUGGAAGCGCAAGCUGCCACUGGAUAUGUCGUAGAUCCUGUUAAAAACCAAAAACUUACUGUAGAUGAAGCUGUCAAGGCAGGUGUUGUAGGUCCAGAACUUCAUGAAAAACUACUGUCUGCGAGAGCUGUCACAGGCUAUAAAGAUCCUUACACUGGAAAAACUAUUUCUCUGUUUGAGGCUAUGAAGAAAGAUCUGAUCAUGAAGGAACAAGGAAUCCGACUGCUUGACGCUGCUUCGCAACCCGGAGGCAUCAUUGAUCCCGUUCAAAGUCACCGUAUUCCACAUGACAUUUCCUGCGCAAAGGGCUGCUUUGAUGAUGCAACCCAAAAGUUUUUGAGCAGCCAAAGUGAUGAAGUUAAGGGAUACUUUGACCCAAACACUCAGGAAUAUCUGACAUAUCCACAGCUAUAUAAACGUUGUGUCACUGACAAAAAGACUGGUUUUCAGCUUCUGCCUUUGUCUGAACAAGCGAUCAAUGCCAAAGAGGAGAUGAAGUACACUGAUGCCCAGACCAAGGAUGCAAUGACUCAGGCAACUGUUGAACUUCAAAGUGGACCGUUCAAAGGGAGAAAAAUUACCUUAUGGGAGCUCAUUAACUUUGACUAUAUCACUGAAGAGCAAAGGCUUGACCUAAUAAGACAAUACAGAUCUGGGAAAAUGACAAUUGAGAAGAUUAUAAAGAUUUUAAUUGAAAUUGUUACCAAGACAGAGGCCAAGAAGCAAGAAGAGGGCUGCUAAGGACUUAGGGCACCAGUUCCAGCUAAGUCAUUAUUUGACUCCAAAAUCAUUGAUAAGUCUACCUUUGAUUUGCUCGAACAAGGUAAAAAGUCUCCAAAGGAGGUCAGCAAAAAUGCAUCAGUCAACAAGUAUCUUCAAGGCUCUGAGAGCAUUGCUGGAGUUUACCUUGAGCCUACAAAAGAGAAAAUUAGCAUCUAUCAAGCAAUGAAAAGGAAAUUCCUCAGACAGAACACAGGUAUUUCCUUGCUUGAAGCUCAAGCUGCCACAGGAUUUAUUGUGGAUCCAUCAAGAAAUGAAUGUCUCACUGUGGAUGAUGCUGUUAAAGCAGGUCUUGUUGGCCCAGAGCUUCAUGAGAAACUUCUCUCUGCUGAAAAAGCCGUCACUGGAUAUAAAGACCCAUUCACGGGCAAUAAGAUCUCCCUAUAUCAAGCUAUGGACAAAGACCUCAUCCCCAAAGAACAUGCUAUGCCUCUCUUGGAGGCGCAACUGGCAUCUGGUGGAAUUAUUGAUCCAGUAAACAGUCAUCGCAUUCCUGUUGAAAACGCAAUCCAGCGUGGGUAUGUUACCAAACAGCUGGCCAGCAGCAUCGCUGAAAGCAAGUACUUCUCUGACCCUGCAUCUGAUGAGAGUGUAUCAUACAAACAGUUGAAAGACAAGUGCAUGACAGAUUCCAAUACAGGCUUACAUCUACUGAAGCUCUCCAAACCACAGGCCCCAACAGUUGUGGAGAAGACAUACCUUUACAGUGAAGAACAAACCCAGAGUGAUCUAUCCAAUACCCAGAUUGACCUACCUAUCGAAGGUCAGGGCUCUAUGUCUCUCUGGGAUGUCAUGAAUUCAAAUCUAAUACCUGAGGAUCAGAGGGCUCGGCUUCUAGAAGAAUAUCGUUCUGGCAAUUUAACAAAGGAACGAAUGAUUAUCAUUAUAAUUGAGAUUCUGGAGCAGAGAAAAUAAUUACAGGGGGGCACCCAGACUGGGAGCACAAGAAGACGUCAAAUCACUAUUGAAGAUCUUUACAAUGCUCGUAUCAUCGACCUUGAGACUUACAACCUGCUAAAGAAAGAGAAUAAGACUAUGCGUGAUGUAAUGGAGUUGCAAAGUGUUAAGCAGUAUUUGUAUGGAACUGGCAGUGUUGCUGGUGUGGUGACUGAUUCAAAUGCCAAGAUGAGCAUUUAUCAAGCAAUGAAGAGAGCUGAUGAAGCCAGACAUUGCAAUGGCCUCUUGGAGGCUCAAGCAGCCACUGGAUUUAUAAUUGAUCCUGUCAGAAAUGAAAUGCUCACUGUAGAUGAAGCAGUGCGUAAAGGCGUAGUGGGCCCAGAACUUCAUGAUAAGCUCCUGUCUGCAGAGAGAGCAGUCACUGGCUAUAAGGACCCAUAUAGUGGAAAGGUUAUCUCCCUCUUCCAAGCAAUGAAAAAGGACCUUGUCCCAGAGGACUAUGCCCUAAAACUUCUUGAAGCUCAAACAGCAACAGGUGGCAUCAUUGAUCCAGAAUAUAACUUCCACUUGCCAACAGAGAUUGCCACACAACGUGGAUAUAUUAACAAAGAGAUAAAUGAAAAGCUCUCCGAUGAGGUUAAAGGAUACGUCGACCCAUUGACUGAUGAAAUUUCAUAUUCUCAGCUUCUGAAAAGAUGCAAGGUAGACAAAGAUGGGCAAUAUUUGUUGUCUCUAGGAGACAAAAGACUGCUCUUCAAAGGUCUCAGAAAAGAAAUAACAAUAGAAGAGUUAUUCGCUCAAAAAUCAUAGACUUAACAAACAGUCAGCAAGCUUAAUGAGGGACUACUAACGGUGGAGGAGGUGAGCGAUAGCUUGCGAAAAUAUCUUGAAGGCUCAAGCUGUAUUGCUGGUGUGUUUGUGGAGUCUACUAAAGACAGACUAUCUAUCUACCAAGCCAUGAAAAAGAAUAUGAUUAGGCCAGGCACUGCUUUUGAGUUGCUGGAAGCCCAAGCAGCCACAGGUUAUAUCAUUGACCCUAUUAAGAACCUCAAGUUAACUGUAAAUGAAGCAGUCAAGAUGGGAAUCGUCGGUCCAGAGUUCAAAGACAAGCUCCUGUCUGCUGAGAGGGCUGUGACUGGCUAUAGAGAUCCAUAUACAGGCAAAAUGAUUUCACUGUUUCAGGCCAUGAAAAAGGGCCUGAUUUUGAGAGACCAUGGAUUGCGUCUUCUUGAGGCCCAGAUUGCUACUGGAGGAAUCAUUGACCCUGAGCAGAGUCACCGACUGCCAGUUGAAGUGGCUUACAACCGAGGCUUUUUCGAUGAGGAGAUGAAUGAGAUCCUCAGUGACCCAUCGGAUGACACAAAGGGCUUCUUUGACCCAAACACAGAGGAGAAUCUUACCUACCUGCAACUGAUGGACAGGUGCAUUGUUGACCCAGACACAGGUCUUGUGCUCUUGCUCCUUAAAGAAAAGCGUGAGAGAAAGACUUCUUCUAAAUCCUCUGUUACGCAAGCGCAGGUAGUCAUUGUUGAUCCUGACUCAGGCAAAGAGAUGUCUGUGUAUGAAGCCUACCGCAAAGGACUAAUUGACCAUCAGACUUACAUUGAACUUUCAGAGCAGGAAUGUGAGUGGGAAGAAAUCACAAUGACAUCUUCAGAAGGGGUUGAAAAGUCUAUACUCAUUGACCGAAGAUCAGGUCGCCAGUAUGACAUUGAUGAUGCUAUCUCAAGAGGUCUUAUUGACCAGAGUGCAAUUGAGCAGUACCGUGCUGGCACCCUCUCUAUCACAGAAUUUGCUGAUAUGUUAUCUGGAAACAUGAGUGGCUUCACGCCUCGCUCCUCCUCUUUUGGAUCCACCUCCUCUUUUCCAAUGAGCCCCAUACCUUCCAUCAAAACUCCUGCAACUGUAUGGAAUGAUCCAACUGAGGAGACUGGUCCUGUGGCUGGAAUCCUUGAUACAGAUAGUCUAGAAAAAGUUUCUGUCACUGAAGCCAUGCGUAGGAACUUAGUGGAUUCUAUAACUGGCCAGAGACUGUUGGAGGCACAGGCUUGCACUGGUGGCAUAAUAGACCCAUCUACUGGAGAGAAAUUCUCAGUUGCCGAAGCCACAGAGAAGGGUCUUAUUGACAAGAUAAUGGUUGACAGACUCAACUUGGCCCAGAAAGCUUUCCAUGGGUUUGAGGAUCCUCGUACAAAAGUCAGAAUGUCUGCUGCUCAGGCUCUCAAGAAAGGCUGGCUUUACUAUGAGGCAGGGCAACGUUUCCUGGAAGUGCAGUAUCUUACUGGUGGUCUAAUUGAGCCAGAGGUUGAGGGACGAAUCUCCCUUGAGGAGGCGAUCAGAAAAGCUGCUAUUGAUGGCCGUACAGCACAAAAGCUCAGAGAUGUGAGUGCUUACACAAAAUACCUUACGUGCCCUAAAACCAAACUGAAGAUCUCCUACAAAGAUGCCAUGGACAGAAGCAUGGGAGAGGGAUCUGGUCUUAGGCUUCUGGAAGCUUCCUCAGUAUCCAGUAAAGGUCUUUACAGCCCUUACAAUGUCAGUGGUGCUGCAUCUGCUUCUGGUUCUCGGUCUGGAUCCAGGACAGGCUCUAGGUCAGGUUCAAGAAGAGGCAGCUUUGAUGCUACUGGCUCUGGAUUCAGCAUGAACAUCUCCUCAUCCUCGUAUACUUCCUCUAGUUACAGCCGCAGAUUUUAAAGCCGGACCUUACAACAAACCUACCACAUGGUCCUGCAGCUUUCAUAUUCAAUGCUGACUUUAUACACUACAGUUACAUAAGACACAGAAAUAAUUCAAAGAAAAAAAAAAGAAUCACUUUAUUCUGCUUUGCAUGUGUUUGGUAUAGGAAAAUGCAUUCCAAAAACUACCAGUAUCUGUCUGGCGAUGGUUAAGUUCCCAUUUUAUGUAUUUUGGAUGCCUGAGAACCAUUACCUGGUUAUCUUUAAUCAUACAGUAGUUGUCUAGUUUUGAUUUAUUUCAGUUCAUAAAGAUACUGCAUAUUUUGAAAUUGAUAUUUUUUUCUUUCUUUUUAUACUUAAUUACAUCAUCUAAAAUCUGAAACGUAAAAAAUUCAGCAAAUUACAUUUUGGAGAUUUUUAUUUUUUUUUGUCAAACUCUAAUUAGACUGUAUUUACUUACUAUUACAUUUCUACAUGUUAUUUUAGGAAAUUCUUUUUGUACUUAAGUUUAUUUAAGCAUAAUGUACCAGAAAAAUAUACCAAGUUUUACAAAAAAAAAAAAGUCAGUAGACAAAGUGUGGUUGUUUUUACAUACUUGUAUAGAUUUGAUAGAUGGAUAUAUUAGAGGAUGCUAGCCAUCAUAUCAAAUAAAAGAUGCCGCUGGUUUUAGCAGAAUGUAAAAACACUACACCUAUGCAUUUAACAUACAUACACACUAAAGGAGGAGCAAGCACUUUGUACAACAGGCCAAUUUUAAAGUCCCCUAAAACAAAAUGUUAUUUUUGUUAUGAAAGUCCAUUUUACAUUUACUGGAUCCAGUCCAUCUCCAAAGUCCUUUU